CACAAGAUGCCAGAAAUUAAACACGUGUCCUUGCUUAGGUCUAGAGUAGUCGAUUCACGAUGGACUAAUUAUAAUUUUGUUGUUAGGCCUCGACGUCUUAAAGCCCGACUUCUGUAAACAUGCCCAUUGGGCUGUUAUAAUGAAAUUUGGUUGACAAAAAAAAAAGGUUUACAAAAUGCAUCGCUCCUUCAAAUGUAUUUUCUCUCUUAAGAAAUAGAUAUGAUAUCGAGAGAUAGACACGGUCGUUUUAAUUCGAUGGACUUAGUAAGAUAGAAGAAUAGUAAGAUAGAAGAACGUGUACAAGUAGUACAAGCAUUAAAAGCAGUACACAUUGUUGAAUUAUUCAACUGUUUCUGCUAACACUACCUCACACACUACAUAUAUAUAUAAAGUCAUUUUCAUCGUAAUUAUUCUGAUCAUUCCAUUUAUUUCCUUUUACGUUCGUUGUUGAUAUUAAGAGAGAGAUAACGAAGAAGAUGAAGCUUUGUUCUGUUUCUUUCAUCUUCGGCUUAAUAGCUCUUCAGCUUCUACCUCUGUUCACCAUAGUUAAUUGUCAGCAAGCUACGGAUUCGUGCAAUUCAACUCUACCUCUCAAGGACCUCGCCUUCGACUCGAGCCAACUUCAAUGCGUGGAAGUUUGGAGGGUCCAGAAUUACAUCCUCCGAUAUGCUAGAACGGUGGAGAACACAUGGAGUUUCAUCCUUUCGGCGCCUGAUUCCAGUGCCUACAUAGGGAUCGGAUUCUCGACCACCGGUCGGAUGGUCGGAAGCAGCGCAUUGGUCGGGUGGAUUACUUCCGACAGCAGGAGCGGAAGCGCGAAACAGUACUUACUCAGAGGGCAAUCACCGGGUGAAGUGAUACCUGACCAAGGAGAUCUCAAGAUCAUCAACGGCUCCUUGAAAAUUGAAUCAGUGUCAUCGCGUCUUUACCUGAGUUUCCAGUUGACGGCGGAGCUGCCGCGGGAGAGGCUUCUUUACGCUAGGGGACCUGCCGAAUUCUUCCCAUCUUCGCCGGACUUUAGGUUGAGAGAACACCAGUUCAUGACCACCACGACCAUUAAUUAUAAUACAGGACCUGCUACAUUUGGACCAACCAUGUCUCCAGGUCCAGCGUCGUCCCCGCCUUCUCCUUCAUCUGCCUACGGCCUCUCACCGUCAAUUCUCUUCUUUUGCAUGAGUCUCAUAGCUCUCAAAAUUUACUGAUUUCUUUGUUUCUCAGAUUUUCCUCUGAUUUCAUCUCCAUGUUAUUUUAUUUAUGCAUUGUCUAUUUACGUGAGAAAUAAAAUAAACCAUAUGCAUUGUUGAAGAAGCUUUUGUGAUAUAUUCUGAUUGUUUCGUGCGAGACUACUUCGUACCAUCUCUCUGUUUUGUCAUGCUUGACUAUGGAAUCGCAACACUUUUCAAAAAUUAAUCACACAUAAAAAUGUGCAAGGCAACGAGUAGUUUCAAUCAUUUUCCACAAAUAUAAUCAACGAGUGAGAGAGACCAAACGAAACGUAAUAACUUCCUACAACACAAAUAUUCACCAUUUCUUGAUGUAACAAGGAUUGUCUAGUGUCCUUUUUAAGGCAACUUGCUUCACACGACACAUGUUUUUACUCUUCUCCUCACUGUAACAAGAGUUUUUUUUAAAAAAUUCUACCUAUAAAUAGAAAACUAAUUCAAACGACAAAAAUCUUUUAUAUACUAAAACCGCAAGUCGCCUAGCGAAUACGAAUCUGACACUUGGAAAAUAUUUAAAAAAACAAUUAAUUCAAAAAAAAUAUGUUCUGUCCCAAAAAUUCAGCGACUCUGAUGAAAAAAAAAAUUCAACGACUAUUUUUUUUUUUUGAAAAUGCUCCAUUUUAUUAUUCUCAGAAUUUUUAUCCAUUCAUCCAUGUUCUAAGUUAACUGACCAUGUUCUCCAAUCAAAUUAAAUUUUGAUACAUGUCCAUGUACAUAUGUUUAAUAAGCAAAUAUCAAUAAAAAAAUCUUUCAAUUAUUAACUUUUUUUUUUGUUUAAACAAAAAAAAAAAAAAAGUUAAUAAUUAACUUUUUUGAAACUGUAAAAA